AGCACUUCUUGGCUGUGGCUAAACUGCAUGGUUGCAGGAGACAACCAUGUUUCUGUGUGGUUCUUCAGACAGAAGGAUGGGAGCACUUGGUCAGUUGGGAAGUUUUGAGAUUCCUUCUGUCUAAUUUGAGAAUGUGGAUCGAAGACUAUCACUUUGAUGGAUUCCGAUUUGAUGGUGUUACAUCUAUGUUGUAUCACCAUCAUGGGAUUGGCACAGGGUUCAGUGGAGAUUACAAUGAAUAUUUUGGCCUACAUGUGGAUGAAGAUGCUUUGUGUUAUCUAAUGCUGGCCAACCACAUGAUUAAGUUCUUGCAUCCGGAAUGCAUAACCAUAGCAGAGGAUGUUUCUGGGAUGCCAGCUCUCUGUCGUCCUGUUGCAGAGGGAGGAGGGGGUUUUGAUUAUCGUCUAGCCAUGGCGAUUCCAGAUAAGUGGAUACAGAUAAUUAAGGAGCUGAAAGAUGAAGACUGGAAUAUGGGCAACAUUGUGCAUACAUUAACAAACAGACGGUAUGAAGAAAAAUACAUUGCAUAUGCAGAGAGUCAUGACCAGGCGCUUGUUGGUGAUAAGACAUUGGCGUUUCGACUGAUGGAUGCAGAGAUGUAUACAAACAUGAGUGUGCUCUCGCCUCUUACUCCAGUUAUUGAUCGUGGAAUACAGCUUCAUAAAAUGAUUCGUCUCAUUACUCAUGCACUUGGAGGAGAGAGCUAUCUGAACUUCAUGGGUGUUAUCUAGCUGGUUCCCUCUUCU